AUGACGCCUGUGGCGCUGCUUGCUUCCCGCCAAGGUUGCACCGUGGCGCUUGGUGCGGGUGUGGGCCCUGCUGCUGGUCCACCCCCCGUCAACCCUCUCGGUUCACCUUGGGCGCCCGAGACCUGCUUCGCACAGCUUCUUGGGCAGGAGCUAGUCGCUGCGAUCCGCGCCUCUAGCAAGGGCCAGGCAGGCCCGCCGCAGCUCAUCUCGGACGAGGCCGCCAGCGCUGCUCGGACACCCAGUGACGUGGGCGCUUGCCGCCUGCCCAGCGGCCCCCGCCGCCCCCGCCGCGCCCUGGCGGGAGCCUCCUGCCGCGCUGCCGCCGACGCCAGCGCGGGCAGCAAAGCUCGCAGCGCCUGGCCGUCCACCCUGCUGCCGUCCGGCGCCGUCGCAAACUCCGUCCCCCUCGGCGCCGCCGGCGCCGCCGCGGCCGCCGGCGCGCUGCUCCUUCGCGGCGCCGCGCGCGCGCUCCGCCGCUGGCAUGCGGCGCGCCGCAUGUCCUCCCGCCGCGGCAGCGGGCCGCUGGCGGGUGGUGGUGGCGGCGGCGGGAACCCCUCCAACGAGAUCACGGUGGUGACCUUCAACAUCCGCGGCAUUAUGGACCGGUGGGGGGAGCGGCGGCCCCUGCUGCGGCGCUGCCUCAAGCAGCUGGAUGCGGAUGUGGUCUGCUUCCAAGAGGUGCUCACAGGCGAGUUCACUCAGGAGCGGCAGCUGCUCGGCCGCGACUACGAGAUCCACGCCUGCCGCGCCGCCCUCGACUCCAUCGCCUGCAGCGGCGCCCUCGGCGCCGCCCUCGCCGCCGCCGCGCGCGGCCUGCUCGCGCUGCCGCCGCCGCGCGCCGCCAUGCUCGCCGCACCGGCGGCGGUGGAGCGGUGGCGCGAGGCCAACCGGCUGUCUGCGGCGUGGUCGCGGAUGAUCCGGGACCUCUGCAUCGCUCCGUUUUUCGGCAACUCGAUCGCCACCCGCCUGCCCCGGCCGGACGGCGCGCCGGGCGCGGAGACGCUGCUGCUCGGCAGUUUCCGGGCGGCGCAGCGCGUGUGCGUCGCGCUGGCUGCCAGCGAGGCGGAGGCAGCUGGCGACGGCAGCAGCAGCAGCAGCAGCAGCAGCAGCAGCAGCAGCAGCAGCAGCAGCAGCAGCAGCAACGGCACCGAGUGGAGCAACAGCAGCGGUGGCAGCACGGGGGAGAAGGGGGAGCGGGAGCCGCUGCUGGUUUGGCUGGUCAACACGCACCUUGACCACGCGUCCCCAGAGACAAGGCGGCAGCAGAUUGAGGCAAUCCUGCAGUGGAUGGAGCCCGCACGCGCCGGCUGCGCGGGGGUGGUCUUGACAGGGGACCUGAACGCGCCGCCGGGGGAGGGCGCCCACAUUGCACUGCAGGAGGGCGGCUACUAUUCAGCCAGCCAGGCCGCCAAUGGGCGCGAGCCGGAGGCCACAUGGCCGUCCGGCCUGGUGGCGCCGCUCAUGGACGAGGGCGAGCCGCACUGCGCCGACUACGUGUACGUCUGGUCGUCCCCCGGCUGUGACGUCAGAGUGACGUCAGCGAGGGUGGCCGGCGACGAGGCGGCGGCGGGGGACGCGACGUUGUUCCCCUCGGACCACUUUGCUCUACACGUGCGGCUGUCGGUCGCGCGGCGGGGGGGCGCCGCUCCCUCUGUUGCAGGCGCGGCCAUCAAGGCGGCUGCCGCCGCGCCCCUCGUCGGGGCCGCCACCGCGGCCUGCUAG